UCCAAGUCAUGUGAUUCAGGUGUUCCAAUCCCUCCCAAUCAUGUGAUUCAGGUGUUCCAAUCCCCUCCCAAUCAUGUGAUUCAGUUGUUCCAAUCCCCUCCCAAUCAUGUGAUUCAGGUGUUCCAAUCCCCUCCCAAUCAUGUGAUUCAGAUGUUCCAAUUCCCUCCAUAUCAUCUGAUUCAGGUGCUCCAAUCCCCUCCCAAUCAUGUGAUUUGGGUGUUCCAAUCCCCUCCCAAUCAUGUGAUUCAGGUGUUCCAAUCCCCUCCCAAUCAUGUGAUUCGGUUGCUCCAAUCCCCUCCCAAUCAUGUGAUUCGGUUGCUCCAAUCCCCUCCAUAUCAUGUGAUUCAGUUGUCCCAAUCCCCUCUCAAUCAUGUGAUUCAGGUGUCCCAAUCCCCUCCAAAUCAUGUGAUUCAGUUGUUCCAAUCC